AUGAAAUUAAGGUCGAAUUACCUUCACAUCGGUUCGGCUGUACGUGAAUGCCGGGCCGCAUGGAUGGCGACGCUUGUUUGGCGCUCGAUCGCCUUGCUUCUAGUUUUAUCCACUUUAGUUGUUGCUAAAUAUGCGGAAUUAGAAGCAUGGCGGGGCGCAGGGCCGGCUGUGUCAGCUGUACAGGAGGCUGAAGAUGAAAGACGAGAUGUUGAGCUGCUUGCUGCUGUUAGAUCAUCAAUCAAACAAUGGGAGCUGAAGAAAGGGCGUACAAGAACAAAGCGGUCACAAGGCAGUGUGUGUUAUGGCGAGUUUGGAUGUUUCGAAGACAGUGGCCCGUUUGCCUACUUGGAAACGCUACCAAGUCCACCACAAGAAGUCGGCACGCAAUUUCUCUUGUACUCUACAAUAAGCAGAGGCGACCAACCCCUUCUAGCAGUGUCAGCAAGCAACAUGUCAGCAGCGUGGGGAUGGGCAACACGAGCAUUUGACGCAGCAAGACCAACUCGCGUCAUUGUCCACGGCUUCGGCUCAAACUGCGAUAACGUCUGGGUUUAUGAGAUGCGUUCCGCUUUGAUGGCUGUGGAAGAGUGCAACGUCAUAUGCGUGGACUGGGAGGGCGGUGCUUCGAUGCCGAACUACCUUCGAGCUGCAGCCAAUACCCGACUUGUAGGAAAACAGCUUGCCAUGAUGUUACAAGGCUUAGCUGACCACAUCGAUGUGCGAUUUGAAGAUAUACAUCUAAUAGGAUUUAGCUUGGGAGCACACGUGGCUGGUUUCGCCGGUUCUGAAUUGAAGAACAUCAGUCGAAUAACAGGUCUCGAUCCAGCUGGACCACUCUUCGAAUUCCAAGACUCUAGGGCGCGUUUAGACAAAAACGAUGCUAAAUUCGUGGAUGUGAUACACUCCAAUGGAGAGAAUUUAAUCCUGGGUGGACUCGGAGCAGCGCAGCCUUUAGGCCACGUUGACUUUUAUCCGAAUGGAGGGAGAGUGCAACAUGGAUGUUCUAAUUUAUUCGUAGGUGCCGUAUCCGACUUGGUGUUGCCGUGGGCAGCAGCAUCUAUCGAGGGCAGGUCACUGUGCAACCAUCGGCGUGCAUACAAAUUCUUUACAGAUUCCGUUUCACCCAAAUGCCACUUUCCGGCGUUUCCUUGCUCGAAUUACGACGCAUUUUUGGAGGGCCGCUGCUUUCCUUGUGACAGCGAGAGACGAUGCGGUAACAUGGGUUACUAUGCAGACAGGUCCCUUGGCAGAGGACAGCUGUAUUUGCUCACUAGAGAAGAAGAACCAUUUUGCGCCCACCAAUACCACGUAGAAGUGUGGGGUGGUAUCGACGCUGGGGAGAAACCAAACUUUGGGCGAGUCACUCUUACAUUACACGGAGACUCUGGACUGAAUGAAUCCUUCCCUAUGACUAAGCGCGAAGAUAGCUCUGGGAUGUCUCGCUGGACCCGUGUUUUAGUUCCGCAUCCCGCAUUGGGUGUACCACUUCGAGCCACACUAAACUAUGGCGCUUACAACGGAUGGCUCAGCGCUGGUGCUAAAAGAAUUCACCUGGAUAAACUCCUCAUUACAGACAGCUUCGGAAAGACGUCCUCCUUUUGUAAGCUGCUUUGGCUAGUAUCAGAUGAGUCAGUUCAAUUACCAUUAUACCCUGGAAAUUGCGAAAUGAAACCGAUUGACUCCAUCGCUAACGAAACUAAUAUCGAGCAAGACAUCAUAUUGAAUAACAACGUGACGAAAAUUAUCGGCGACGAUCCCCACGACAACGAGCUACCAGACGAAUCCCCGCAAAGACCGUUUGCACUUAUCGAUUCGUAUGAAUGGGAAGGUACAAGAGACACUGGUCGAGCGUUCGGCAUGACCAAUACAAAAACCGCCCCGAGCGGCCUCGUGGAAAUCGCGGAACCUGUCCUAAGGCCGAGACUAAAGAAAACUCCCCGACAAAGAUCCGACAAUCCAGAUGAGUCACACGAAAUAUCUGAGCCCUUAUUGAAACCUACUUCAGCUCCGAGGACUACAUCCCCCCCUCCACUGCGGAAAGCGAAACAUUUCGAGGUUACCACUCCAACUAGUGACUCGAUAGAAAUUCAAGAUGAGAAAGCUGAAACUAGUUUUGCAGUACAAUUCCUUCCUGCGCGGUUGGCUUCCUUUAUCUCUAGAGCUGAACGUUACGCUAGAGAUACGCUCCUUCCACUGGUAUCCGCAUACGCUCCGCGUCUACCAAUAUUCGGUUCUCGUGAGCUUCCCAAAUCAACAGCGCGCUUCAUUCCCACAGAAGAAUUUAACAUGACAAGUUCAGCUCCCGUGCCAACACCGACUUUGGAAAUGAAGAUCGAAAUGCUUCAAACGAUGGGACCGCCGGGAGAGAAAAGGGAGUUUGAAACGCCCGAAGAUCCCGAUAUACCAGUCGUCAUUUCCACCACGACAUCUACGACCACGUCAACCACUAAUACUGAAAAAUUAAAGGCCGCGCCGACCGAAAUGCUUCAGGUGGUAGAAGGACCGUCUAUAUCCACAAGCACUGCGCUGCCACCUGUUGCUUUGCGCAGUGAUGGAGAAAAGAUUGUGAUAGUAUACCCGACCAAUGCGAGAGAAGAGAAGAAAAUUCGGUCGCACUCUUAUCCGGAAGAAAUGCAAUUUGAAGCGCUAUACAGACACACAGCUGAACCGACUGCCGUAAAAGUGGAUUUGCCUACUUUCUCCCCACCAAUCACAACGACUCCCAGUACUUUAGCCCCAGUGAUGAGAUCUGACGAUCCCCGAUACAUUCCAUUACGGAAACAUUGA